AUGGAUCUCACGGCGCGAUGUCUGUGUCUCCUGUCCUGCCUCGCUGUGAUUCAGGCGGUAGAUUUGGAGGCGAUUGACCCAAACUACUACGUGGAGCCCGCUGCCACAUCAGAAGCCAUCGACUACAAGGAUCCCUGCAAAGCUGUUGCCUUCCUGGGAGACAUUGCUUUGGACGAGGAGGACAUGCGGUUAUUCAAAGUGGAUAGAAUAGUGGACUUGGCCCGUAGAACCGUACAGCCUUUUAAUCAUGCAGUUGCAAGGAAUCAAAGUAGCCCAAAUAGACCAACUUCAAGUCGCAAGAAAAGAGCUGCGACCUCGAGACCUGAGCGUGUGUGGCCUGAAGGAGUUAUUCCUUAUGUGAUCAGUGGGAACUUCAGUGGCAGCCAGCGGGCGAUAUUCAGACAGGCAAUGCGCCACUGGGAGAAGCACACCUGCGUGACCUUUAUAGAGCGAACUCAGGAGGAGAGCUACAUUGUGUUCACCUACCGACCGUGUGGAUGUUGCUCUUACGUUGGCCGUCGUGGAGGAGGUCCUCAGGCCAUUUCCAUUGGCAAAAACUGUGAUAAGUUUGGUAUAGUGGUUCAUGAACUGGGUCAUGUGAUCGGCUUCUGGCAUGAACACACUCGCCCAGACAGAGAUGAACAUGUCAGCAUCAUCAGGGACAACAUUCAACCAGGGCAGGAGUAUAACUUCUUAAAGAUGGAGCCAGGGGAGGUGGACUCUUUGGGGGAAGUCUAUGACUUUGACAGCAUCAUGCACUAUGCCAGGAAUACCUUCUCCAGGGGCAUCUUCCUGGACACCAUCCUGCCACGAUACGAUGUGAAUGGAGUCAGACCGCCCAUUGGCCAGAGAACGAGACUGAGCAAAGGGGAUAUCGCACAGGCACGCAAACUCUACAAAUGCUCAAGAUGUGGGGACAGUCUGCAGGACAGCAGUGGUAACUUCUCCUCCCCAGGUUUUCCCAAUGGAUAUUCGGCCUACAUGCAUUGCAUCUGGAGAAUAUCAGUCACGCCAGGGGAAAAGAUCAUUUUGAACUUCACGUCCAUGGAUUUAUACAGGAGUCACUUGUGCUGGUACGAUCAUGUGGAGAUCAGAGAUGGCUACUGGAGGAAGGCACCUCUCAAAGGUCGUUUCUGUGGCGACAAGCUUCCCGAGCCAAUCAUCUCCACCGACAGUCGAUUGUGGAUUGAGUUUCGUAGCAGCAGUAACUGGGUGGGAAAGGGCUUCUCUGCCGUUUACGAGGCCAUAUGCGGAGGGGAAGUGAAGAGGGACAAUGGUCAGAUCCAAUCUCCCAACUACCCUGAUGACUACAGGCCCAACAAAGUGUGUGUGUGGAAGAUUACUGUAGCUCAGGGUUACCAUGUGGGCCUUACUUUCCAGUCCUUUGAGAUUGAGAGACAUGACAGCUGUGCUUAUGACUAUUUGGAGGUGCGUGAUGGAAAUACAGAAACCAGUCCUUUGCUGGGCCGCUUCUGUGGCUAUGACAAACCUGACGACAUUAAAAGCAGCUCUCACCAGCUGUGGAUGAAGUUUGUUUCUGAUGGUUCUGUGAACAAGGCUGGAUUUGCCGCCAACUUCUUCAAAGAGAUGGAUGAGUGCUCCAAGCCGGACAAUGGUCGCUGUGAGCAACGCUGUGUCAACACGCUGGGCAGCUACAAGUGUGCCUGCGACCCGGGCUACGAGCUGGCUGCAGACAAGCGCAGCUGCGAGGCUGCUUGUGGAGGCUUUAUCACAAAGUUGAAUGGCUCAAUCACUAGCCCAGGAUGGCCCAGAGAAUACCCCCCCAACAAGAACUGUAUCUGGCAGCUGGUCGCCCCCACACAGUACCGCAUCACUCUGCUCUUUGAUGUCUUCGAGACUGAGGGCAAUGACGUGUGUAAGUAUGACUACGUGGAGGUUCGUAGUGGGCUGUCGGCUGAUUCAAAGCUGCAUGGGAAGUUCUGUGGGGCUGAGAAACCAGAAGCUAUUACCUCUCAGUACAAUAACAUGCGCAUUGAGUUCAAAUCAGACAACACAGUGUCAAAGAAGGGCUUCAAAGCUCAAUUCUUCUCUGACAAAGAUGAAUGUUCGAAGGAGAACGGAGGCUGUCAGCAUGAGUGCGUCAACACCUUUGGGAGCUACAGCUGUCAGUGCCGGAGUGGCUUCGUGCUGCAUGAGAACAAACACGACUGCAAAGAGGCUGGCUGUGAUCACACUGUUAACAGUGUAAGUGGCACCAUUACCAGUCCAAACUGGCCUGACAAGUACCCCAGCAAGAAGGCCUGCACUUGGGCGCUCACCACCACUCCAGGCCAUCGGAUCAAAAUUGCCUUUAAUGAGAUUGACAUGGAGGCACAUCUGGAGUGUGCUUAUGAUCACAUUGAGAUAUACGACGGCCAAGAUGCAAAAGCUUCCAGUCUGGGGCGUUUCUGUGGCACCAAGAAGCCUCCCCCGAUUACCUCCAGCAGCAACAAACUGUUUGUACGAUUCUUCUCCGAUAACUCUGUGCAGAAGAAAGGGUUUGAGGCCUCGCACACAGCAGAGUGUGGUGGUCGGCUAAAGGCUGAGGUGAAGACCAAGGAUCUCUUCUCCCACGCCCAGUUUGGGGACAACAAUUACCCAGGAGCGUCUGACUGUCAGUGGGUCAUCUCGGCUGAGAAAGGCUACGGCGUGGAGCUCAUCUUCCAGACCUUCGAGAUCGAGGAGGAGGCUGACUGUGGAUACGACUACAUGGAGCUGUUUGACGGGGGAGACACAAAGUCUCCACGCCUGGGACGUUACUGUGGCUCAGGGCCUCCAGAGGAGAUCUAUUCGGCCGGUGACUCCAUUGUGAUCAAGUUUCGCUCAGAUGACACCAUCAACAAAAAGGGUUUCCACGUGCGUUACACCAGCACCAAGUUUCAGGACACACUGCACUCUCAGCGUAUAAGCGUGGAUUCUCAGGACCUGUUGGAAGGCAGGCAUCAGCUGGACAGAUCCCUGCUUUUGUCGGGCCAGCCCACCACAGGAGAGGAACAGGAAUCUUACUCCUCUCCUUCUCACUCUCUCAUCCCCUGGGUUCAAGGUUUCCUAUCCAUAUGA